GCUCGAUUAGCUUCCACCCGUCUGCCGUCUGCCGUCUGCCGUCUGCCGUUUACCGCCCCCCUCCUGCGAGGCUACAUCAUCCCUCUCCCUCCCUUACCUGCCCGCCCUUCCGGCUUCCCCUCCCCCUUUUCCUCUCCCCGCAUUCUUCGAUUUGUUUGUGCUCGGGUGCGGGGUGUCAAGACUGCCAGCUACCCACUGAUUGCAUCAAGGCGUCCCGACGAGAAAGUACCACCGGGUGGUCCUGUCAUCUUUUCCCUUUCAAUAUUUAUCACAUUCCACAAUGGCCGACGACCAGAGCAAAAAGCCGGCCGUCCUGAUUGUUGGCGGUCUCGGAUUCAUCGGUCGUCAUCUCGCUCUCUAUCUGCAUGAAAACAACCUGGCCUCGGAGGUCCGGCUAGUGGACAAGGUCCUCCCCCAGCUGGCAUGGUUGGCCCCUGAGUUCCAGGAAGCUUGUUCAAAAGACAAAUUCGUCCAGGCCGACGCUAGUCGCGAACAGCACUUCCCCCGUAUCUUUGACCGUGCCAACGGCGAACAGUUCGACUAUGUGAUCAACUGCGGUGGUGAAACAAGGCAUUCGCAGCCCGAUGAUGUUUACGAGGUCCGCAGUUACGCCCUUGCCGUUGCCCUGGGCCGUGAGGUUGCCCGUCGAGGCAUCCGCUCCUUCGUCGAGUGCUCGACCGCCCACGUCUACAAAGGUGGCUCAGGGAAGCGCAAGGAGGAUGACAAACUGCAGCCAUGGCAUAAGCUGGCCAAGUGGAAGAUGAAGGCUAGCGAUGAGCUGCAAAAAAUCCCGGGUCUGAACUACGUGCUGCUUCGCCUGCCCCACGUUUACGGCGAGUACGACUCGGGCUACUUUGCGAUGGGCAUCUGCCUGGCACGCGUCCACCUAGAGCUGCAGAAGAAUCUGGAGCUUCUUUACACCAAGGAUCUGAAGAUCAACACACUCUACGUUAGAGAUGCCGCGAGUGCUUUAUGGAAAGCCGCGGAAUGGAGGGCAAAGGCUCCGACAGACGGAUCCGCUCCUACUGCCUUCAAUGUGGUCGACCAUGGCGACACCCGCCAAGAGGAUAUUGCUCAAGCCUUGUCGGAGGUGUUCCAGCUCAAGUGCGAGUUCCUUGGUUCUCUGGCAUCUCAGCUUGCGAAAUUGAACCUCGAUGAUGUUGUGGACGACAUGAACGAGGAAUGCUUGCAGGGAUGGGCCGAUCUACUUGAAGAGAAGAAGAUCGAACGGCCAGGGCCCAUUAGCCCGUUCCUGGAACGGGACGUGCUCAAGGACCAAGACAUGUCCCUUGACGGCACGCUUUUCGAGACGACCACGGAGUGGAAGCCCACCCGGGAGCGCUUCAACGCUGAUGCCGUGCGAUCCAUGGUGGACAGCUACCAGCGAAUGGGCUGGUGGCCAUAGACGAGGUGGCCGUGAUAUUCUGCGUCACCUUCUCGACCCAACCUCCUCUGCCAGAGAGUUAUUAAUAGCAGCCGGACUGACGACCUCUCCGACUGCUGUUACGGAGUUGACCUGGCUUUCUGGCAAAAAGCACAUAGACCUGUCGCAUCGGCGUCCCCUCAUCUCCAGUUCACAUGUUGUAUACCACGGGCCGUUCUGCCUUUACGUGUAAUAUUCUGUUUGAGUCUCUGGGUUUUCCUUCUUGAGCAACUGGUAUGUUCGAUAUAUAUAUUUUUUGUCUAACAUUCUUCUAUGGCUGGCUGGGUUGAAUGUUCCAUCUGAUUGAUUAUGAACAUGAUUCACAUCUAGACUACUUGAAAUUUCUUGCACUGCAUAUGGAUGGGUUGAGCCUGUCCGUGAACACUUCUCCUGGUCCCUUUUUUGUUUCUAUAAUUCCACUCGUCUGAUUGCGU